CAGUCGAUGACAUCACUUCCUGUGUCUUUCCAUCCAGCUGUAGAUGUGACCCGCCUCCUCUCAACCUUCUGGGGGAAUCUAUCCAACACUCCCUCUCUGCUCCGGCCGCAGUGCACCAUGGGAUUUGCAGUCCUUUUCAUCUUCCUCCUCUCCCUGGCGAUGUCAUCAGUGCGUGCUGAAGAGGGCGGGGCCAAUCAAGGUGGCGCUGUGCUGUGUCCUCUGCAGUGUGUGUGUGAGACGAGGCCCUGGUACACUCCACAGUCUGUGUAUCAUCAGGCGAGGACGGUCGACUGCAACGAACUCCAUCUGCACCGAGUCCCAGCCAACGUUUCCUCCGACACACAGGUGCUGCUGCUGCAGAGUAACAACAUCUCCUCCAUCACGACCGAACUGCAGAGUCUGACCAACCUCACAGAACUGGACCUGUCCCAGAACCACUUCACACAGGUGAGCUCCAUGGGGCUGUCCUCUCUGGGCCGGCUGGUGACUCUGUACCUGGAGGAGAACCGUAUCGAGGAGCUGGAGGACUUCAGUCUGAGGAACCUGUCCAGUCUGGAGGAGCUCUACAUGAACCACAACCGUAUCUCCUCUAUCGGACCCAAAGCCUUCGCUGGACUCACCAACCUGCUGAGGCUCCACCUGAACUCCAACCGUCUGGUGGCCAUCGACAGCCGCUGGUUCGAGUCCCUGCCGUCAUUGGAGAUCCUGAUGAUCGGGGAGAACCCCAUCCUGGGUCUGGAGGAGAAGAACUUCCUGCCACUGUCGCGCCUCCACAGCCUGGUGCUGGCGGGCAUGGGUCUGGCCUCCGUCCCCUCUGCCGCCUUCCUGGGCCUCGACUACCUGGAGAGCCUCUCCUUCUACGACAACCGACUCAGGUCUGUACCGCGGGACGCUCUGAGCAUGCUCCCUAACCUGAAGUUCCUGGACCUGAACAGGAACCCGAUCAGCCGAGUCCAGCAGGGAGAUUUCCAGAACCUUCAGCACCUGGAGGAGCUCAGUCUGAACAACAUGGAGGAGCUGCUGAUGGUGGAGAGAGCCGCUUUCCAGAACCUUCCGGAAAUCGCUAAGCUGGAGAUCUGCAGCAACCCACGACUGUCUUACAUCGACCCACAAGCCUUCAGUGAGCUGUCCUCCCUGCGGACUCUCCUCCUCCACAGUAACCAGCUGAGCCUCCUCUCCUCCUCCCUCCUCUCCUCCCUCCCGUCCCUGGAGGAGGUGUCUCUCCACUCUAACCCCCUGCGAUGUGACUGUCUCUCCUCCUGGGGGCCUCACCUGGGAAACCAGUCGCACCUGAAGAUGCUGGACUCCUCCAUCACGCUAUGUUCCUCCCCGCCUCACCUGAUUGGCCGGGAGCUGCAGGAGGUGGUGGGGGCCGGAUGGGGCGGGGCCGACGGCGGCGGCGGGGGCGGGGGCGGAGCCAACAGCUGCCUGCCUCACAUCUCUCCUCACGCCUUCCCGCCCGCCAUGAACAUCAGCGCCGGGCAGCCAAUCACACUGGAGUGCUGGGCGGACGCUGACCCCGCCCCCCAGUUCUACUGGGUGACGCCCACUGGAGACAAGGUGAGCUCGGAGGCGGUGGCUGCACCAAUCAUAUCAGAGGAGGGGCGUGGCCUGAGCAGCAGGAGGAAGAAGAAGAAGCAUCGUGUGUCGGAGCCCGGAGCGCUGGUGAUCGAACACGCCGAGCCGUCAGACACAGGUGUGUAUACCUGCGUAGCCUGGAACAUGGAAGGCGCAGACACGAAGAGCGUCUCGGUGUUGGUGGAUUCCCAGGGGUCUGUGGGCUCGUGGUUGGGCGGGGGGAUCCGGUGGGGCGGUGAGCCCGACAGAGAGCGGCCAUGGCUGGGGAACUCGUCCAGCGCUGCAGCCUCUCUGGUCGUGCUGGCGAAGGUCGUGCGCGCCCAGUCGGUGGUGUUGGAGUGGAAGUUGUAUCCCAGCGGAGGAGCUUCGUCUGUGGGUCAGAACCAGCAGGACGGCCCCCUCCCUCUGACCCGGUGGACCAGCGCCACCGUGCACAUUGACAACCCUCAGAUCAGCUACACCGCCAAGGUCCCAGUAGAUGUCCAGGAGUAUAAUCUGACUCACCUCCUUCCUGCUACCGAGUACCACGUCUGCCUCACCGUCUACUCCUCUCUUCCCUCCCCCUCCUCCCCCAUCUCCCCCUCCCCCAUCUACACUUCCUGCCUGAACGUCACCACCAGGGAGGCGGGUUUCUCGGUGGAGCUAGUGGCCUCGCGGCGCAGCAGCGUGGCGCUCGCGGCCGUCAUGGGCUCCAUGUUCGCCCUGUCCAUCAUGGCACUGCUGGUGGUCUACAUGGGCCGCCGCGUGCAGCAGCACAAGUCCUGCGGGCACUCGCUGAAGAAGUACAUGCAGCACGCCACUGCCGCCAUCCCACUGAACGAGCUGUACCCGCCGCUCAUCACGCUGUGGGAGAGCGAGGCCGAGAAGGACAAGGAGGAGAGGGAGGCCGGGGAGGGCGGGGAGGAGGCGGGGGGGAGUCAGAUCGACACCACCAAGACGUACAUGUGGUAGCCGGAGGAAAACGACGGGAAGAAAAGAAAGACGUUGGAGGGUUUUAAGGAGGGACGGAGAGAAACUGGAUGAAAGUUACCAGCAAAGACAGAAACAGAUGCGGCUAUGGAAGCACAUUCCUGCCAAAAAAAAAGAUCCUGUUUGUUAUUAUUAUGAGAAACUUUAUUUAAAAGUAUUGACUUAGUUUCUCAAAAUAAUGACAUUUCUUUACAUAAUAACAAAAAUCUGUCACUCAAAACAGCAACAACGUAUCUCAAAAUAAUAAUGACUUAUUAUGUCAAAUUAAUGACUAAGUAACGGGAGGAGCAGCCCAGUCUCAUGGCAGUUCGUGAAAUGGUCACGUUUCUUAAACUGCGGGUCGAGGCCGGUUAUUGGGCCGCCGGCUGGUUUAAACAGGACGUCUGGCAGCUGAACUGUUUCUGCUCUUUUCCUUCCUUUCAUCCUCUCUUCUGUCCUCUUCCCUCCGUCUUGGAGCACACUGACAGUAACUGUACUGUUAGCAAAACAAACAUCUAAUUAUUGUAAUUUAGGUUAAUCAGAUGAACAUGAUCGCAGCACUAACACGCAGCCGUACGGAUUAUUUCACUUUAAAGGUCCCGCAUUCAAACCUGCUGGACAGGAACUUCAAACUAUACAGAGCUAAAGAAAAUAACCAACCAGUCCUCCAAAACCCAUUCGAGGAUAUUGGUCCUUUGUCCCCCUCCCCCCCAAUACGACACACAGGAGCAUUUUCAGUCCUCUUAGCUAAACCAGAGAAGGUAACCGUUAGCGUUAUGCAUUCACUUGAAAACUAAAAAGCCCUGUUUUGUACGAGUUAACUAUCUCGGAACGUAUUUGCUUCCAAGACAUUGAACACUCAAGUAGAAGUAGGCUCGCCUGAACAAAGCUUCACACAAGAGAGCUGUUUUCUGUUUUUUCUGAAUUUCUUUUUUUCCGAAUUUUUAU